CUCGGCUCUUCUCGUAUUGCCAGCCCAGUUUUUCCCCAUCCUUUCCUAGCGGGUGCUGGUGUUUCCGCACCUUGCCGUGGAGAGUCGCUGCCGAGUGGGCGCUUGGUGUUCGGGUGGUCAUGGCUGGUUACGAAUACGUGAGCCCGGAGCAGCUGGCUGGCUUUGAUAAGUACAAGUACAGUGCUGUGGAUACCAAUCCACUCUCUCUGUAUAUCAUGCACCCAUUCUGGAACACUGUAGUAAAGGUAUUUCCUACUUGGCUGGCUCCAAAUCUAAUAACAUUUUCUGGCUUUCUACUGGUUGUAUUCAAUUUUUUACUUAUGGCAUACUUUGAUCCUGACUUUUAUGCUUCAGCACCAGGUCACAAGCAUGUACCUGACUGGGUUUGGAUUGUAGUGGGCAUCCUCAACUUCGUAGCCUACACUCUAGAUGGUGUGGAUGGAAAGCAAGCCCGCAGAACCAAUUCCAGCACCCCCUUAGGGGAGCUUUUUGACCAUGGCCUGGAUAGUUGGUCAUGCGUUUACUUUGUUGUAACUGUGUAUUCCAUCUUUGGGCGAGGAUCGUCUGGUGUCAGUGUUUUUGUUCUUUAUCUCCUGCUAUGGGUUGUUUUGUUUUCUUUCAUCCUGUCCCACUGGGAAAAGUAUAACACAGGGGUUCUUUUCCUGCCAUGGGGAUAUGACAUUAGCCAGGUGACAAUUUCUUUUGUCUACAUAGUGACUGCGAUUGUGGGAGUUGAGGCCUGGUAUGAACCUUUCCUGUUUAAUUUCUUAUAUAGAGACCUAUUCACUGCAAUGAUUAUUGGUUGUGCAAUAUGUGUGACUCUUCCAAUGAGUUUAUUAAACUUCUUUAGAAGCUAUAGAAAUAACACCUUGAAACACAAUUCAGUCUAUGAAGCUCUGGUUCCCAUCUUUUCUCCAUGUUUGCUAUUCAUUUUGUCUACAGCAUGGAUCCUCCAGUCACCUUCAGAUAUUUUAGAGAUACAUCCUAGAGUAUUCUACUUUAUGGUUGGAACAGCCUUUGCCAACAGCACAUGUCAGCUGAUUGUUUGUCAAAUGAGCAGUACCCGGUGUCCAACUUUGAAUUGGUUGUUGGUUCCUCUCUUCUUGGUUGUCAUGGUGAUAAACUUAGGAGUUGCCUCUUAUAUUGAGAGCGUUCUUCUGUAUACAUUAACAAUUGUUUUCACUGUGGCCCACAUCCAUUAUGGAGUACGAGUGGUAAAGCAACUGAGCAGCCAUUUUCAGAUUUACCCCUUCUCAUUGAGGAAACCAAACUCAGAUUGACUAGGAAUAGAAGAAAAGAACAUUGGUCUAUAAUCUACAGAAAGAAGCACUGUAUAUAAGAUGCUUGUAAAUAUUUCAUCCAUCACCAUUGAACUAAACUGAUCUGCUUAACAGUCAUGAGAACUCUGUGUGUGUGGUGCUUGUACAGGAGGAAUGAGACAUAUGAUCUGAACUUGUGGAAUUUUGAACCUAUUAACUCCCAGCUUAUUUUAUUUUUUUAUAAAACCAUGUGAUAUUUUGGUUAAUCAUAAUGUGCAUUAGAUAAGCAAAAUGUUCCUAGUAAUUUUAGCUUCAUAAGUCCAUAACAUUUUGGUUUAUACAUUCAGAAAACCACAAUAUGUUUUCAUAUUUGGUACUUAGUAGUAAGUCUUUAGUUGUGGAAGCUAUCAGUAGUCCACACCUAUUAUAGGGAAAAGAUGAGGGCAAGUCACCUUCAGCAAGAGAUGCCAAGUGAUGACAGAACAAUAUACAGGUUUGCCAAAUACUGGUUUCUCUUUCCCAUGGAAAUGCCUUUGUCCUCAUGUGCUAAGAGAGCUAAUAUAUAUAUCUAUAUAUAUUUGGAUUCUCUAGUAUUCUGGCUCUUUUUGUUAUGGAACGGAUAUUGGUAAAUGGCUUAAUACUCUUUUAAAGAAAAAUACUCUAUUGAGACUUAGUAGAGAAUGGAUUGUAAUUGUAUCUCACGCAUUGGCUUGGUGCAUCAUUUAAAUGUGGCAUUUCCCCGCCUCAGCCACAAGGUGCUGAGAUUUGGUGCCUGUGAACUAUGAUUAAAUGAAUGCACGUGACAGUGUCAGUCUUAUGAUAAUUACUUGUGAGGAACAUGGAUAAACUUCCUUGUAAGAGAAAUUUACUUUGGAGUUAGGAAUCUCAUGAACCUCACUACAAAAUUAGUUUUCUGAUUCAAUUUGUCCGUUCUUUCUUCCUCCUUCUCUCUCCCUAUAUCUCUUUUUGUGGAGGAGAGAGUGCUGUGUUAUUUCAUUCAGGAUAAAGAUGUAGAGAGAAAUUCUCUCUUCCCCAACUUGCCCACCUCCCCUAUUGAAGAAAAUUUUUGAUACAUAUGCCUUACUGAGUACGUACUCCCUUUAAUAUGACUUGAGGUUUACUGACAAACAAAAUCUCUUUGAUUUUAAUAUGAUUGUUUUAUAGAUCACACCUUUUCAUGGAUGUGAAUAUUUUCUUCUGUUUCUUUUUUGACUUUGUUUCCAUUUACUUUGGUGGUGGUGAAAUUUACAUCCUGAUUUUUUUUUUUUAAAUUUUCUACUGAAUGAAGUUUGUGCUUGAAUGAAGAGUGUAUCCUAAACCCUCUUUUUUUUUUUGGAUGGAUUGCACUUGGAUAAAAUAGGCACCACUAUGUUGACAUAUAAUUACAUUCAUAACCAUUAUUUAUGUAUGAAUGUGACUAUCUUUAAAUUUAAUUAUAAUGUAUUCCUUUGUUAAAUUUGUCUGCUGCUUUGUAAAAAUAACUGUAAUUGAUAUUUCAAUUUUUAAAUUUGUAAAUUCUAAUCAUUGUCAUCUAGGUUAUUAGAAAUGAGUCGGGGAGCUAACUCAUGAUUCUGUACUCAAUUUUUAAAAUGCAAAGGUUGAGCUAUAUUUGUUGACCUCUGAGACAAAAAUGAACACUGAAAAUAGAUGAGAAAUUGAUGCAGGAAAAUAUGGGUAGUGAUUCCAUGUUUGUUAAUAAGUCGCCAUCAUGGAGGUCAGAGAAUGAUGGCAACUAAAAACGAAUUAAGUGAAGGUAAUGCUAUUUUUUGUAUACCUUGUUCUGUGUCAUCUGGAUAGUGUUAAUUUGGGCUGAAACAAAGCUUCGUUUUAAGGUUUCUAAACUAACCAUUUUACUGUUUUGUUGACCUUGUACACAAGAAUGAGACUUUCUUCACCUUGUACAGGAUAGUAAAAAAAUACCUGUUAUUUCUGGCAUAGGAUCAUGUCCUGUAGUUUUGGGGCUAUUUUACCUUAAAGUGUGUUUCUGCUCUUUCUUUUGUAUCAAGUUCAUUUGAAAAUUGUUUUGUGCCUAUACUUUUAUGACUUAUUUUUCUGUGGUGGUAAAGAAUUAUGCCAUGGUCAGUUUUACUGACAUCGUUAGAUGAUGAGAGAAAGAUGCCGUCAACAAGGUUAAAGUGAACUGAAUUUAAAUGUUUCAGAAUACUGUGAACUUGUGCAUCUUUAGGGUACUGCUGACUCUUUUUCUUGGUUUGGUCUGCCAUCUUGAAGUGUUUCUUGAAAGCCCCCAUUUGGUAUGUAGCGAUAGGGCGCCUGAAGCAAGAUUUAAUUACAAAUGGCUCUGUGCAUUUAUGUCAUGCCAGUUAUCAUAACAUUUCCAAAGUGUAAAAGAUGUUUCAGGUUUAUGCAUGAUAUUUUGGGGUGAGUUCACACCCCAGCCUUUCUCCCAGCUUACACUGAGCUGCCUUUUGGGGAGCAGUGACAUGGUUAGUCAUCCAUGCAUGUUUUCUGUACAUUUCAGAAUAGAGUGCCUUAGCCAGGCCAGAGGUUUGCUUUGUGUUUCUGCUGACCAAAGUUACCUAGACCUGUAAGAAGUUUUUCAGGUUAUGGUAUGAAAAAUGUCCUUUUUUGCUUGUCAGAAAAUAAUUCCCCUUUAUUUGAGCAGGGAUGGCAUAGAGUAUGCUAAUGCUACCUUUGGUGAUCCUUUAAUAACAUUCCUGACCUUAGUGCAAUGCACAGUUUAAAACUGUCACAAUUUAAAUCGUCAUUCCUGCACUCAUACGUAAUAAAUAUAGUUUAUGGGUUUUAGUCUUAAGGGUUAUAGAGUGAAAAACUUCCAAAACUAAAUAGUCUUUCUUGGCAUUUUAAUAAGAUCAUGGUUAAAAUACUUCUAAUUCUAAUUUUAAAAGAAAGUUAAAUGCUCAUUAUGGUCUAGAAUGUUACAGUAUUACUACCAACAUGUCAUUUGUUUUAAUACAGAGCUAUUGGCAUGAGGAGUGCAUGUCUAGAGUUGUCCUGAAUCUAAGUAGAUACGAAAGAGUAUUGAUCAUGACCUGGAGCCUGGGCGUUGGGGGAAUGUGCAAAGGGAAAAGCAGAUAUAAUAUUUACUUUAAGGGAAAGAAGGGAUCUUCUCAAGGCCUAAUGCCCUUUGUGCCCGAUGAUCUCAUGUAAUACACAAUUUAAAAUUGUCACAAUUUAAAUUGUCGUUCAUCCACUAAUUUCAAACUCAAGUGUGAAAUUUGAAAGUGUCCUAAGUGUUUAGUUUUCAAAGAAUUAGUUUAUUUUUUUAGGCAGUCAUAAAGCACUUGGAAUAUACCUUGCUUUCCAAAGGAGACUUUGAUUUUAUAACCUAUGGAAGAUGAAAAGAUAAUCUGAAGGUGUUUGAAUCACAGGCUACUUUCCCCCUUAUAUUUUAGCUGGGAGUCUAUUUGUAACUGUCGUUCUUCAGUCUUCAUCUGGGUUUCCUUUUAACUAGCCACCACCUAGGACAGAGAUGCCCACUUACUCUGUUGCCCUUAGAUCUUGCCACAUUCAAAUCUCCUUGAUUGUCUUGGAUGUCUUAUCUAGUCAAGGACUGGGAACGUGCCAGAGGGAACAAAGUAAACCCGAUGGGCUAGAAUUUUGACCUUGGGUCCCCAAAUAAGCCAAAAACAGAUACAGAAAUUUUUGGUCAUGUUGAUUCCUGCAUUCAGAGUGGCCUUUGUCUUGACUUCAGCUCUGGACUUACUCACUCUGGGAAAUUUGUGAAGUCAAACUAGAAUUUUCUUUGUCCUGUGAGGUGUCUUUGUACAGCAGCAUGCCCUUUCUUGAACACCCUGUGGGUGAAUAACCUUAUUAAGUUAACUGUCAAUACUAGAAACUACCAGGAAGAAUUUUAACUAAUAUGCUGCAUUCGAAGCACUUUGACAUGUACAUUUAAAAGUGACAGUUUUAACAGUAAAAUGGUGUUAAAUUAAUCACUGUGAAACUAGAAAGUGUGAUGCUCUGUACAUUUUAGGAAGUUAAGUAAAUUCUGAUUUUUCUUUAUUAAUUAUGAAACCCAUGUGAUUUGUAUGUUUUCCUUUUUCAUCUCUGACAGUGGUGCAGAUGACUGACAUAUCGGCAGGCAGCUACUCUAGGGUAUGUGGUAAAUCAUGGUUGUCUUAACUUUUCCAGAGAACGUGGCGAUAUGUUUACUUCUUCCUUGCACGGAGCUAUGGCAAUUGCAUUUAUUGACUAAUUCAUUUCCAGUGUUUCUACAGUGCAAAAUAAAUGUAACCUUACUUUUUAAUCCACAUGCUAGUAAUAUGCAUUGCUCUUUAGUAAACAAAUAUGCAAAUGAUA